AUGACGAGAAACCAGGAACAUCUCCCAAAAGAUUUUUCAAAAGCGAUAAUGGACAUAGCUAUCGGAUUACCAACAAACAUUCUUACUAUUGUUAGAGGAAAUACGACGAAUAUACGAUCUGAAGAUUUUUCUGGAAUAAUGUGCCUUUUAGCUGAGAACAACAUACAAGUUAUUAAAUUGGAUAUCAAUGAAACCAGAGAUGUGAUAACAAUAAACAAUUAUAUACAUAGAUCCAUUCUGUACAUAUUUUUCUGGCCACGCGGAGAAAUCAGCAAACUUUUCCUCUCCGGCAUCAAAGAGGCUAUUAGAGUCGCUGUGAUUACGAAUCCGAGACCGAAAGUAUUCAGGCUAUACUACAAUCAAGCGUCGCCAAACAAACUGAACCACUUAACUCUAGUAAAUUGGUGGUCCGGCAGUCUCUACAAGUCCCCCGCAUUGCCCCCCGCAGAUAAAGUGUACCACGACUUUCAAGGAAGAAUCUUCGAUGUUCCUGUUUUACAUGCGCCACCUUGGCACUUCGUGAUAUACAACAACGACUCUACAGUCAACGUGACUGGCGGGAGAGACGACAAAUUACUUUCAUUGUUGGCGAAGAAACUAAACUUUAAGUAUAGAUACUACGACCCACCAGAACGGAGCCAAGGGACAAGAAUCGCUGGAAAUGGGACAUUUAAAGGCACACUUGGCUUAAUUUGGAAACGUAAAGCAGACUUCUUUCUCGGAGAUGUGACGAUGACAUGGGAACGUCUGCAAGCUGUCGAGUUCUCUUUCCUAACCCUGGCCGAUUCUGGAGCAUUCUUGACGCACGCACCCGACAAAUUAAGCGAAACUUUGGCUAUCAUCAGGCCUUUCCGUUGGGAGGUUUGGCCUUUGGUUGGCGCCACACUCCUCAUUACAGGCCCCGCGCUGUGGAUAGUGAUAGCGGCUCCCUUACUAUGGCAACGACGAAAAGGGAACAAACUGGCCUUGUUGAAUAGCUGUUGUUGGUUCACCACUUCAUUGUUCCUGAGACAAUCUUCAUCUAAAGAACCAUCUAAAACUCACAAAGCCCGCCUAGUCUCUAUCCUGAUAUCGUUAGGAGCAACGUAUGUAAUAGGCGACAUGUACUCUGCCAAUUUAACAAGUCUUUUAGCAAGACCAGCAAAAGAACCACCUAUAGGAACACUACCAGCCUUGGAAGAAGCUAUGAGAGAGAAUGGAUACGAACUGGUUGUGGAAAGCCACAGCUCAUCUUUGGCUAUUCUACAGAACGGCACAGGUGUGUACGGUAGGCUCGCUCGUCUCAUGCGACGUCAACGUAUACAACGAGUGCGCAGUGUAGAAAUAGGUGUGCGCUUGGUAUUGACGAAACGACGUGUCGCGAUAUUGGGCGGACGGGAAACACUGUACUACGACACUGAGAGAUUUGGUGCACAUAACUUCCAUCUAAGCGAGAAAUUAUACACAAGAUAUUCAGCUAUCGCCUUACAAAUCGGAUGUCCGUAUUUAGAAACAUUUAAUAAUUUAGCGAUGACUUUAUUUGAAGCGGGAAUACUAUCUAAAAUGACAACAGAUGAGUAUAAAAAUCUUCCAAAAGAAUCAAGAAAAUCCAAACCAGUGACGGAGAGUGACAGUAAAGAAAGUACAGAUGUUACCGAAAACUCACAGAACGAGCCCCAAUCGGAAUCUACUAUUGGCCUAGAACCAGUCUCUUUAACCAUGCUUCGGGGAGCAUUUUGCCUUCUUGGCAUUGGAUAUUUUCUAUCAGCGGCAGUCCUCCUCACUGAAAUACAUAUACACCGUAGAAAAGAAAAUCAAAAAAUAACAAAUUCUACAGAUAUGUCCAACACCCCUCACAGUACUAGGAGGAUUUAUUUAAAGCAACAUUUUGAAAAAAUGUUCAAAAUAAUUUACGUCUUUAUUGAUAGAGCCUUAAGACAUGAUGGAAGAGAA